GACGGCUCAAGGGACUCGCCAGAAUCUUCGAAAAAAAAAACACGGUGUGGCUAUGCAAUCACAGGAUACAUGAACGGCAGAAGCAGCGCGUUAUAGAGAUCAAAGCUUUCGCACCUGGUUUGAACGUGCGAGUCUGUCGACAUCACGCGAGUUUCACAGCCCAAGAAGGCCCAGAUCAUCACCAAAGUUGGAGGCGUUGAGUCUACAUAGCGGCGCUCACUGAUCAUGGGCCUCCACGACACCUUCGACUUCGACGAGGCUGCCUACCGCGCCAAAUGCGCAGAGCGGCCGACCCUCAAGCUCCAGGAGGAGGAGAUCAGGAAGCUCCGGCAGCACUUCGCCGCGAGCGCCUCGAUGGGCAUCGGCCUGAGCCACGCCGUCGCGACGGCCGGGCUCACGCUGGGCGUGUCGGCGUUCGCGCUGCGGCGGUACUACGUGGCCAAGGAGAAGCUGGCCAUCAUCCGGGAGGAGCUCACGAGGCGCGGCGUGCCCCUGCACGACAUGAGCAAGCGCGACGCCUUCAUCCCGCUCGGCACGGCGGCGGUGGGCCUGGGCGUCGGCGCGGGCAUAGGCCACCUCGUCGGCGGCGCCAUCGCCGCGCCCGACGUCCCCGUGCCGGGCCCCCACGGCGGGAGCCUGGCGAUGCAGUACAUCCAGGGGGACCCCGAGGCGGCGGCCCACGGCUUUGCCGAGGGCAUCGCGGCGCAGGCGGACGCCGUCGGCCAGGCCGCCCACGGCGCGCUGCUGGGGCACGGUGUCGAGCAGGUCGUCACCGCGACCAGCGCCGAGGGCGUCACGGGCCAUGCUGUUGGCUAUGCGGCGGGCAUCAUGGCGGCCAAGAAGAUGGAGGAGAUGCUUGCCGAGUGUAUCGGCGAGACUGUCUUUGCGUACGCCAUGGAGAAGCUGCUGGACCCGGAGAUCAAGAUCGAGCUGAAGCUCAAGGGGAAGUGCACCAGGUUGCAGGGCCCCCUGGGGCAGUUCUGCCGAGGUUGUGGCGAGUCCAUCAGGCACGGGAAAUUCGCACAUUGUUGUAAGGAGACAGACGACUUUGAUCUCUGCCUGAAAUGUCGCGAGGGAGGCACCUCGUGUGAAUGUACGGAUCAGCAGAUGCAGACAAUGCAGAAGUCCGUUGCCGGUGACGUGCUUGCGUCCGAGAAGGGAGACGCGAGGAGGCGGCUUGCAAACGUGGCAGAGCUGCGGUGCGCUCCCUGCCAGAGACUGAUCACCCAGGGCCGCUACUAUUAUUGCCCUGAAUGUAGCGACGAUACAGAUCUCGACAUGUGUGAAGACUGCUACCGCCAGGGGAAAACAUGUCACUCCCCUGACACUCACAGGCUAUACGUGUAUCUCAGAGCCAAUGUCGACAGGCCACAUCCGGACUUUGCUACAGAUGGAAUUUCCUGCACGGGGUGCGAGGUAAAGAUAAAGCAGGGGCCCUUUUAUUUCUGCGAAAAGUGUGGCGAGAAUGCUGGCAUUUGCGACCGUUGCUACGAAAUGGACAAGAGGUGCAAAGAUACAGAGCAUGUUUUGACACGUUAUGUGAUCUACAAGGGUGAAAAGUCCAUAUCGAAACAGUUCACCGAAAAGGAUUGCUGUCAAUUCUGCAAGGAGCAACUGGGAGAAGGUGUUUUCUACUGUUGCUCAAAGUGCAACAAAGGAUGUUAUGACGUCUGCAGUAAAUGCUACAUCAGGGGAGCAGGCUGCCAAGACAGGAGUCAUGGUCUUCUCAGGUGCACGCCAGCUGGACCGGCAAAACAGCCCAAGGAUUACCUGAAGGAAUUGUUCAGCGAAAACAGCAAGGAACAGGUCAAAGGCUACCUGAAUGACACAAAAGGCUACCUGAAUGAGACAAGAAGCAGAAUGAAUAUCCUGCAUAGAAAGGCAUGAGCAGCGGGAGAUAUUCAUGGCUCCGGAUAACAAUUGAUGUGUGUCCAAG